AUGUUGUGUGCCCUGAAGUGGUUGGGCCUCCUCUGCAAGUCCCGCUUGGCGCGUUUGGUGCUCUUGCUUACUGGUCGCGUAGUGCUGCUUGCGGAUGUGGCCACAGCCUAUCUGGAGAUGCACUUUGCUGAUGCCCUAAAGCCACAAGAACUCGAGGGUGGACCCGUACUCUUCCUUCCUCAACUCUUGCAUGUCCUGGCGCUUCACAUGAAGCAGGCACCGCCUGAGGGAGCACCUCGAGAACUUCAGGGCACCUUAGCGGCAUAUUUGCUUCUUGGCCUCGCAGAGAAGCUUCGCGAGCUUUUCCGGCGUGCAGAAAUUCGUGGCCUAAAUUGCUUUGAGGGGGCGUCACCAUUGCCACUCCUUCUUCUGCGGGCUAUGUGCUUCCUGGGGACCCUGGUUUGUGCAUACCGCGCGCCCAAGGCGGACGAUACGCACAAGCAGGUUCUCGAGAUGUUCCACGACACGGAGCUUUUUGGUGUUGUGGGCAUCUUGGUGUCCAUCCUUUUGUCAGAGGGCCGCCGUGAAAAGGGUGCCAAGCUGCCGCAGACGGUGAUCUCUCUUUGCGUUCAGGCGGUGAGAAUUUGCAAUAGCAUUGCUCGCAUCGACCUCGUAACAGUGCAGAAGACACUGGGUGCCAGCAGGCAGCAGGAGUUCUACCACCUACUGGUCUCUUUGUUGGACUACUGCGUGGCACGUUUGCCGGCUAGCAUGGCCAAACCAACAGGUCAAGCAGAGGAAAGCGAUUUGCUGCAUGAAGCGGUCGUUUUGCUUGGCUUUUACUGCCUUCAAGAACCGGAGAACCAAAGCAUCCUGUGCUAUGGCGAGGGUCAGGCGUUGCUUACACGCCUAGCCGCCCUGCCUUUGCACUACUUCAUGGAUGAGCGCGGCAAGGCCAUUCUGUUUCCCACCAUCUUGGCAUCUUGCUUUAAGUCGGAACAGAACUUGGCAGUCCUCAGGUCAGAGAUGAACCUGUCGUUGGUAUGCACCUUCCUGGCUGCGCAGAUGGCCCAGGGAGAAGAGGUGCCGCCGGCCACGCCAGAGGGGUUGCCGGCCUUCACAUGCCGCUUCCCACCAGAACUUUGGAAGGAAGCACUGGCCUUCUUUGAUGGAACUUCAGAGGCUGAGGCCGAGGCUGACUCGGCCAAAGCAACCGAGGCCUGA